CUGACUCAUACAUGCCUUCGCAAAUGUUUGUAGGAGUGGCACAUCUCCUUAGGUGAAUUACAGAUUAUUUCAGCUUCUAAGGGCAUCUGCCUGACUACAACAUUCUUUUCUGCACUACAGCUCACGUUGGAUUAUUCUUAUCGUGAGAAUACAGGCCAUGGACGCUCUUCGUUUGGCAAACACUGCCUUGGCUGUGGAUGUUUUCAAAAAUCUUUGCGAGAAGAACAAGACAGAUAAUAUUAUCUUUUCCCCCAUAUGUAUAUCCACCUCUCUAGCUCUGGCACACAAAGGGUCCAAAGGGAAUACUGCUAGUGAGUUGGAAAAGGUUCUUCACUUAGAGAAAGUCAAAGAUCGGGACUUUGGGUUUCAGAGUCUGGCUUCAGAUAUUUCCAAAAUCAGUUCAAUAUACUCCCUGAAACUGGUGAAACGCCUGUACGUAGAGAAAAGUAUUGAUUGCACAAAAGACUUUAUAAACUCGGCUAAGAAACCAUACCCAUUGGAAUUGGAACCAAUUGAUAUUAAAAGUCAAGCAGGAGAGGCAAGAAACCAGAUAAAUUCAUCAGUCAAAGACCUCACCGAUGGUAAGAUUGAGAACAUACUGGGUGAGGAUGCAUGUGACGAGAACACUAGAAUGCUAAUGGUUGGAGCUGCCUAUUUCAAAGGAAGUUGGUUAUAUAAAUUUAAUGAAUCAGAAACAAAAGAAGUGGAGUUCCAUAUUAAUAAGAAUGAAACCAGACCUGUGCAGAUGAUGUACUUAGAAGCCCGGCUUAGCAUUGGAUAUAUUAAUGAUUUGAAAACGAUGAUAUUAGAGCUUCCUUUUACUAGCAAACAUCUGAGUCUUUUAAUUCUGCUUCCCAAAAAAAUUGAAGAUGACUCAACCGGACUGGAGAAGCUGGAACAGGAUCUUACCUAUGAAAAGUAUGUUCAUUGGACAAAUCCAAGCAUGAUGGCGAACAGCAAAGUUAAGCUCUGUUUGCCAAAAUUCAAACUAGAGAGCACCUACGAUCUCAAGGACACUCUGAAGAGUUUGGGGUUGAACGAUGCUUUUAAUGAAGAGGUUGCUGACUUCUCAGGGAUGUCAGAAAGCAAGAGUAUAUCAGUGUCUCAAGCAAUACACAAAGCUUGUAUAGAGGUUGAUGAAGAUGGCUCAGAAAUAGCAGAUGUAACCAAGGAAAGGCUUCUAAUGCACAAAGAAGAAUUCUUUGUUGAUCAUCCAUUUUUGUUUAUACUAAGACAUAAUAAAACUCGUACAAUUCUAAUGUACGGCAGAUAUUGCUGUCCGACCGCAGCAUCCUAAGUCUCUCACUUUUCUUUCUGGUAAUGUAGAUAAUAUCUGUUAAAAAUGGUUAUUGGCUGAAAAAUUUUCCAAUCACAUAAAUAUCCAUAAGGCUAGAAAUGUAGUCUUUUUAUUUACUAAUGGAACAACUUUAACAGAUCACUGUGUUUUUGCUCACAAUAAAAAAUUAAUUCUA